AUGGAGGCCCUACCGAAUGAGAAGACCUCUCUCCCGAGUUUGCAACGUUCCAACGAAGUUGUAUCUGGGAUAGAAUCCGACGGGCAAUUAGAAUGGACGGAGGAGGAGGAAAAGGCACUCGUUAGAAAAGUGGACUUUCUGUUGAUGCCCUUAUUGAUUCUUGGCUUCUUUGCAUUGCAAUUGGAUCGAGGAAACAUUGGCAACGCUUUGACGGACUUCUUUCUCAACGAUGUUGGGAUUACCCAAAAUCAGUUCAACUUCGGACAGCAGCUUCUGGCUCUAGGGAUCAUUCUUUUAGAGAUUCCUAGUAACAUCGUGUUAUAUCGGGUUGGACCAACACUCUGGAUUGGGGGUCAGAUUGUUGCUUGGGGUCUCGUAGCAACGUUCCAGGCUUUCCAAAAGGGACUAGGCCCAUACCUGGCCACGAGGCUACUCCUGGGUCUGCAUAUGCGCGGCAUUGCCGGCCUCGCGGGGUGGCAAUGGCUCUUUAUUCUGGAGGGGGUAUUCACUAUCCUUAUCGGAAUCGCUUUUAUUUUGGCGGUUCCCUUCAGUACGGCGAAACCGGUAUCGGUUCUGGGCUUUCGAUAUUUCACAGAAAGCGAAAGUAGAAUUCUCACGGAGCGAGUACUUCGCGAUGAUCCGUCCAAAGCGCAGCUAGGCCGGAAUGUGAGUUGGAAGGAGCUGAAGGCCGUGGUGGGCAAUUGGAGUCUCCUGGAAUCUGACGACAAGAUCCGGAGAUUUAUUAUCCUCUCGGCAUCCGUUGCCGUCUCCUGGCCCUGGCAUCCGGUAAAUGGCGCUUGGCUGGCGCUGAAUGCCCAGUCCGCUGGCGAGCGUUCAAUCACCAUGGCCAUCCACAUCAUGGCCGCAAAUUGUUCUGGGCUCGUGGGGAAGCAAAUAUUCAGGUCAGAGGACGCGCCAGUCUAUCGAAGAGCAUGGACGGAGAUCGUUGGCCUUACUUCGGCAGCGGUGUUCAUCUCAUUACUGGCGAACUUGCAAUACUAUUUCGGUAACGGCCGCAAGCUUCAUCGAACCGGGUUAAAGUACCACUACUAA